CUGGUACAUGUUACCAGUGCAAGUCUCUGAGUGGUACAACAACAGCGGAUCGGGCAAUUCUUCGAACGACAGAAAAGUCUUAGGAGAACCAUUUAUUGUGAUGCUGUAAAUAUUGUUUGAGAUCAUUUUGGAAUCCAGAAAUCACCAAGUUGCUCAUUGUGCGUGUGACUCCCAUAGUGAGGCUGCGAGGGAAACAAGAUGGCUGACGACUCACAGCCAAUCACAGGUGUCUGUGUAGUUGCUGACAAGUCUCAAUGCCCAAAGUGUUACGAAGUGAUUGAGACCACUACAGACAAUCAAGAUGCAGACCUUUGGAAAGAUGGUUUCUUCAGGAAAGUAACAAGAUACGUGUGCUUCACUCGUCAACUCGUGCAAGGCAAUUUUGUGCUUGCUGAUCUUACAGUAAUCAAAGAAAACGAUCAAAUACCUCAGGGCUAUACUAGUAUUGCAACCACUUCUGAUACAAAGGAACCUGUCCUCAAGAAGAAGCUACUCAUUGCACAGUUUGUCGCAAGAGGGUCAACAACAAGUGCGCUGUGUAACAUGUUUUUGACGACGUCGAAAGCCAAAACACGAUCAUCUGAAGGUGCAUAUAGAGCGGAGAUUAAUGGACUUAUCUUGUAUUUGAAAACAGGCCCAAUUCCAAGUCAGGCAGUUGGGCCUGUCCAGCAAAACGCACAGCCUUCAAGCAAUCCCCAGCCUUACAAUAGCACACCUAGUUACUCAUAUGGAUCCGCUGGACAGCAGAGCACCAGUCCAGCCCAGCCUCUACCGUACCAGUAUCCACCGAGAGGGGCUAAAAGUGGUACCCUGACUCGCCAACCAUCUAUGAUACAAACGAAUGCAGCUACUGAACGAAUUCAUUCAGCCAUUGAAGGAGUUCCAUUUGAAGUUCAUGCCUCGCUUCAAGACAAUAACCAAUCCUAUGAUGCACCAACAUUACCCUUUCCAUCAGAGCAAGAUGUGAUGUUUGAAUAUAGCUAUGAUUUCCGGACAGAGUAUCAGAUUAAACAACGGGUAUGCGCCUCGCCUUAGAGCCAAGCCGACAACAUUGGUAGGGCCAGUUAAAAGCCAGUUUCCACACUUGUGAUCCAAGAUAUGCAUGAAUUAACAAACCUGUGAAGGUUUAAAGACACUGGACACUAUUGGUAAUUGUCAAAGAUCAGUCUUCUCACUUG